AUGAACCCCCCUGAGUCAAUACCCGGAAAAAUCUCCGUCUGGAUGCGAGAAUGUUGCUCCCCGAGGAGUAGUGUGGAAACCAACCAAUCGGUACACAAUUUAGAGGAAACAUGUGGAGCAACUAACACGCCCAAGGAUAUGCAAGAAGACAUCAUAAUCAUUGCGGUCAUGGGCAAGACUGGAUGUGGGAAAUCUAGUUUCAUCUCAAAACUCGCCGUCAAGGAUUACACUGGUGCAGUUGGACAUGAUCUGAAGUCUGAAACACACUUCAUCCAUGAGAUUGAGUGCAGAGUCAAGGGACGCAAGGUGCUGUUGAUUGACACACCAGGCUUUGACGAUACAGCUGGCGAGGACGUCAUCGUUCUUGAACGUAUCGCAAAAUGGCUGCAUAAUUCGUACAACGACAAGAAGUUUCUGUCCGCUCUCAUAUAUAUGCACGAUAUAGGAGAAACUCGAGUUGGACGCUCCUCUGUGAAGUCCUUCAAGUUGUUCAGGAAGAUCACUGGUCAGGAGAACAUGAACAACGUCGUCCUACUCACGACGAAGUGGGACGACCUUGGAGACGACCAAGUCAAGGGUGCCGAACGAGAAUCUCAACUCAAGAUGAAUUCGGACUUCUGGAAAGGCAUGAUAGCAGACGGGGCUACUUUCAUGAGACAUGACGGCACGGCCGAGUCAGCUGAGAAAGCCACAAUCGGCCUCUUGGACAAAUUGCCUGUCGUCCUCAGCAUCCAGAAACAAAUGGCUGGUGGAAGUUCUCUUCAUAAGACCGAUGCCGGUGCAUACAUUAACGAGGAGUUAAUCAAAUACCAGCAGCGGACUGAAGAGUGCAUAAUCCAACUCAAGGAAGAAAUCGAGAAAGCCACUCGCCAAAACAAUAGCAUACCAAAUGUUCACUUCCAAGAACAUUACGACAGGAAGAUCAGUGAGCUACAAGAAACCCAGAAGCAGCAGCAAAGGCUCAUUGAGAUCAAAUUUCAAGAGCAAGAAAACAGAAUAGAGGAGGAAAGAGCUGCAGCAAAGAAAAGAGAGGACGACAAAGGAGAAAUGCUAAGAAUAGCCAAGAUUAUACAUCGGUUGGACCGUAUCACUACAAAUAUCGCUACAAUUGCAACAGUCAUGCAAGUCAUUGCGACCGUGGCAACCACAACGAUCAAAAAUCCCGUGCUAUUCACGAUCGUUGCAGCAGCUAUGUCAAGUAUAGCAGUUGCAAUGAUGAUUGCGAAUAACGUAAUGCACACACGAGCUGUAGCAAUCCCAAGAACAGCAGUGGAACCCACAAAGGGUGCAGUGGUGGUGCUAGGCUAGGCGCCCAGUGUCACGAUACAGUCCUAGCAUACGAGGGAGCAACAGUGUGGUGCGUGGAGCUCUAACCCACCCUUCUUCAGCCCUCUUAGGAUACCACGGUAUAAAUACACGAAAAGCUCUUCGUCUACCCUGCUCCUCUGCUACAGGCCAAACUCCGACCUGGCUUUACUUAUUAUCCCUUUAAUGAGCAGGUGUCUAUAAGUACAUUUGAACACUGACUACCAAGUUACGCUAACACCUACAAAAUAUCAACCUUCAUUAGCUAAAUCUUGGCUCUAGGUUUUCGGCAAUACUGAUACUGUAUUCGUCCUGCGGACGUAAACGCUUAUCAAUCAUCGCCACCCGAUCUGACUAGACUUCCAGCAGUUUAGACCUCCGACAUUUGAUCACACCCUAGACGAUAUACUCGGGGUGAUACCGCCCGCUUUAGGGCUCACUGGGCGUUGGAGGGUGGUUCUGAGACGUUAGAAGAAGGUGGAUCCGGAGUAGGGUUUUUCCUGAAUAUAAUCGGCUAGCUAAUGCCGUCGCCAAUUAGCUAGAGUAAUGCACUGGAGGCAGGAGUGGAGGAUAAUUUCUUAUGUCAAGCGAAACUCUAGCUCUGUCUCUCUACCUAGAGAGGUACUCUAGACGUCCCAUGCGCUAGUAGUGCGCGUUGAUGUAUAUAUACCAUACUUGCCCGUAUGUAGUAUAUACGUCCUUCGGACGUAAACACGCUCAUCAUCAUCGGGGUGAUACCGAACUACAUA